UAUUUUAGACACAUUUCACUCAAUGUAUGGUGAUGGCGAUGGUUUAGCUUAAAUUAAAUACUAUGCUUGAUUCCCAACCACCAUUGGGAGAGCUAAUCAGGCGUGUAGCGGGAAGUUUCAUUUAAGUUUCGCUUAACUGAUGUGAAAAUGUGUCUUUGUUCUUCGAUCUAUGUAGACCUGAUCAAAAUCUAAAACUAGCUGAAAACAACAAUAAAAAAUAGUCUGUUUAUCUAUGAGUGGCUGGUGACCAGUCCAGGAUGUACCCUGCCUCUGGGGUCAGCUGGGAUAGGCUCCAGCAUACUCUUGCGACCCCAGGAUAGGCGGUCUAGAAAAUGGAUGGAUGGAUCAAAAGUUUAAGACCAUCACUCAAAAAAUGAGGAAAAUCUCUCCAAAGCAGAAAAAAAAUCUUGGUAGGACUCAGUAAUGAGUAAGUAGCUCCACCGUUUUGAAGCGUAAAUGACCAAGUAGCUUGGUCAUGCUUGAUGCGACUUUCCAGGAAGCUAUUGGGAACAAGAAGUGAAGAUGGCUUCAUGAAGAGCAUCAACUGUCUGGAACUGAUGGCCAUUUUAAUCAACUUCUCUUGCCAUCCAUCCCCAAAUGUUCUCUGUGGGAUAACCCCCCUGCAAAAAGUAAAUAUAUUUCUUCAUUUUUGUUCAGCUCCUGCAAGCAUGACACGUGAAGAAUGAAGAAGGAAAUAACAGCGGCGGUCCACUUCCUGAAGAAGCUGGUGUUAGCCAGGGGGAGGCUGCAGUGGCACCAAAUUGAGCUGUUCGUCGCCAGGCUCGCUGUCGCGCUGCAUGACAAGUUCCAGGGCCACUGGUACCCAGGUGACCCAGGAAAGGGGCAAGCAUACAGGUGCAUUCGAGUGAACCGAUAUCAGCGUGAAGAUCCGGAGCUGCUUCGAGCCUGCCAGGAAAGUGGGGUGCACUACUGUGACCUGGGACUGCCUCUUGAAGUCACACUGUGGGUCAACCCUGGGGAGGUGUACUGCAGACAUGGAGAGAACAGUUUUUGCUUCCUGGUGGCCAGUUUCAGUGAUGAUGAGGGAGGUCAGGAUCCUGCAAAAAAGUCAUCAAAUCCAGACGCUCCUACCUGGUGUGCCUCCAUGUUUUUGCCUGACAACGAUAGCCAUCUAAAUCCAGAUGCUCCUGCCUGGUUUCCUGACCCAGGGGUAGCAGAGCAGGACACCAGUCUGAAUCCAGAUGCUCCCGCCUGGUAUCCCGCCUUGACGGAGACACAGAAAGAUCACAUGUCCCCACAGACUCGACAGCUUCAGAGUGCCAAAAUGCUAAGACAGCACAUGAUGGACUGUCAUCGCCAUGAUGGUGUGCAGAUCCACAGCGGUUUAGCAAUGAAGGUAGACCUCUGGUGGUGUCAGAAAGGGGAUGGCACACUGUGAAUGCUACCUGUUGGAUCUCUGGAAGAGAGGGAAUAAAAGACCCCAGUGGGUUAAGGGCACACAAUUAUGGAUACAGCCAGUUGCCAAGCUAAUAGAGCUAAUAGAGCUAAUAGAUGCUGGGUUGUGUGUCAGUAGCGGGAUGGCAGCCAUGAGGAUCUAUUUGGAAGGCACCAUGUCAUACACAUGGCGAUAGAUAGAUUUGAGGGAAAAAUAUAUUUUUGUCCUUUUAUCAGGGGGUUCAUCCUAUAAACAUAAACUUUGAACUUCAGAAGAAGUGCAGCAGCUUGAGAAAAAUAAAGUAUUUAUUUUUUUUAGAAUCUAUAAGCAAACCUCAGCUAUAUUUAAAGUCCAAAUUGGAAUCAAACAACCCGGAAAGCCGGUAAGCAUCUUUAAGGUAACAUAGUACACUAUGCUGUCUUUAAUGCAGCAAUGAUUCCCAACCCGUCACCCAAUGCUCAUCCAUUGGCGCUCUACCAGUCUCCUACCUGGAUAAAUGGGAGAGAUGGGUCCGGUAGAGCAUAAAACACAAUGUAAGUGGUUUGCUGUGUGACCCCUGAUGAGGGAAUCGAAAA